UCCCGGCGCCCCGAUGCUCGCACCAUGUCGAGGCGCAAACAGGCGAAACCCCAGCACAUCAACUCGGAGGAGGACCAGGGCGAGCAGCCGCCGCAGCAGCCGACCCCAGAGCCUGCAGAUGCGGCCCCAGCGGCGCCGGCGGCGGGGGAGCGCGGUGCUCCAGUGAACCCAGGGAUCGAUGAAGCGACAGUAAAGCGUCUUCGUCGGGAGGAGACUCACGUCUGUGAGAAAUGCUGUGCUGAGCUCUUCAGCCUCUCUGAAUUCUUGGAACAUAAGAAAAAUUGCACUAAAACUCCACCUGUUCUCAUCAUGAAUGACAGCGAGGGGCCAGUGCCUUCAGAAGACUUCUCCAGAGCUGUACUGAGCCACCAGCCAUCCAGUCCAAGCAGGAAGGACAGUCACAGGGAGAGUUGUGGCAGCUCAGGGGACACGAAGGAGAAGCCGGGUACAGAGUCAGUUGUGUACUUGAAGACAGAGCCUGCCCUGCCCCCUACACCCCAGGACAUAAGCUAUUUACACAAAGGAAAAGUGGCCAACACUAACGUGACCCUGCAGGCGCUGCGGGGCACCAAGGUGGCGGUGAACCAGCGGAGUGUGGAUGCGCCACCCACACCAGUGCCGGGUGCCAACAGCAUCCCUUGGGUGCUGGAGCAGAUCCUGUGCCUGCAGCAGCAGCAGCUGCAGCAGAUCCAGCUCACCGAGCAGAUCCGAGUCCAGGUGAACAUGUGGGCAGCGCACGCCCUGCACUCGGGCGUGGCGGGGGCCGAUGCCCUGAAGAACUUGGGCAGCCACGUGUCCCAGCAGGUGUCCGCAGCAGUGGCCUUGCUCAGCCAGAAGGCCGGAAGCCAAGGUCUGUCUCUGGAUGCCUUGAAGCAAGCCAAGCUACCUCACACCAACAUCCCUUCCACGGCUGGCUCCCUGUCCCCGGGCCUGACACCUUUUGCCCUGAAGCCAGACGGGACACGGGUGCUCCCCAAUGUCAUGUCUCGCCUCCCGAGUGCUUUGCUACCUCAGACCCCCAGCUCUGUGCUCUUCCAGAGUCCUUUCUCCACUGUGGCGCUAGACCCAUCCAAGAAGGGGAAAGGAAAGCCAUCGAGCAUCUCCGCGGUGGAUGGCAAACCCAAAGAUGAGGCGGCUCUCUACAAGCACAAGUGUAAGUACUGUAGCAAGGUUUUUGGGACUGAUAGCUCCUUGCAGAUUCAUCUCCGCUCCCAUACUGGAGAGAGACCCUUCGUGUGUUCAGUCUGUGGUCACCGCUUCACCACCAAGGGCAAUCUGAAGGUGCACUUUCACCGGCACCCCCAGGUGAAGGCAAACCCCCAGCUGUUUGCCGAAUUCCAGGACAAAGUGGCGGCAGGCACUGGAGUCCCCUAUGCACUCUCUGUCCCUGUCCCUGUAGAUGAACCAAGCCUCUCUUUAGACAGCAAACCUGUCCUUGUAACAGGGACCCCUUCCAUAGGGCUACCUCAAAGUCUUUCUUCAGGAACUAACCCCAAGGACCUCACAGGGGGCUCCCUGCCCAAUGACCUGCAGCCCGGGCCUUCUCCAGAAAGUGCGGGUGGAGUCACAGUACUUGGGGUGGGGCCCAACCACAAUUCCCCGAGGGUUGGUGGCUUCCAGGGAAGUGGGACCCCCGAGCCUGGGUCUGAGACCCUGAAAUUGCAGCAGUUGGUGGAAAACAUUGACAAGACCCCCACUGAUCCCAAUGAGUGUGUCAUAUGCCACCGAGUUCUGAGCUGCCAGAGUUCCCUCAAGAUGCAUUACCGUACUCACACUGGUGAGAGGCCAUUCCAGUGCAAGGUCUGUGGCCGAGCUUUCUCUACCAAAGGCAACUUGAAGACGCACCUUGGGGUCCACCGAACCAACACGUCUGUAAAGACGCAGCAUUCGUGCCCCAUCUGCCAGAAGAAGUUUACCAAUGCCGUCAUGUUGCAGCAACACAUCCGGAUGCACAUGGGUGGCCAGAUUCCCAACACGCCUCUGCCGGAGAGUCCCUGUGACUUCGCAGGUCCCGAGCCCAUGGUGAUCAGUGAGAACGGCAAUGCAGUUGUGUCCUGCCACGGGGAUGUUGCUGAAAGCAUCGAUGUCGAUGAAGUGAGCUCCCAGGAUGCCCUCGGUGGCUCCUCGAAGGUCACCGCACCUCUUCCCAGCAGCCACCUGGCAUCACCCACUCUGGGGUUUGCCAUGAUGGCCUCUCUAGAUGUCCCGGGAAAAGCAGGUCCUGUCCCUUUGGGUCUGCAGCGCCAGAGCAGCCGGGAAAACGGCUCUGUGGAGAGCGACGGCCUGACCAACGACUCAUCCUCACUCCUGGGGGACCAGGAGUAUCAGAGCCGAAGCCCAGACAACAUGGAAGCAAUGUCCUUCCAGGCAGUGUCCCCCGCCAAUAGCCAAGCAGAAAGCAUCAAGUCCAGGUCCCCCGACGGGGGCAAGGCUGAGAGCUCCGAGAGCACCCGCAGUGAGAUGGAAGGUCGGACCAGUCUCCCAUCAACGUUUAUCCGAACACAGCCCACCUGUGUCAAAGUUGAAGUUCCUGGCACAUUUGUGGGACCCUCUACCAUGUCCCCAGGCAUGACGCCUUUGUUAUCAUCUCAGCCACGACGACAGGCCAAGCAACACGGCUGUACACGCUGUGGGAAGAACUUCUCGUCCGCCAGUGCCCUGCAGAUCCAUGAGCGGACGCACACCGGAGAGAAGCCUUUUGUGUGCAACGUAUGCGGGCGAGCUUUCACCACCAAAGGCAACCUGAAGGUCCAUUACAUGACACACGGGGCAAACAAUAACUCUGCUCGCCGGGGGAGGAAGCUAGCCAUAGAGAACACGAUGGCAUUGCUGAGCACCGAUGGAAAGAGGGUGUCAGACAUGUUUUCCAAGGAAAUCGUGGACCCUGUUGUGUGGAACCAGUAUGCCAGCGUGCUCAACGGCGGCCUGGCCAUGAAGACCAAUGAGAUCUCGGUCAUCCAGAGUGGCGGCCUCCCCCCACUCCCGGUCUCCCUGGGGACCAGCUCUGUGAACAACGCCACUGUGUCCAAGAUGGAUGGCUCCCAGUCAGGUGGCAGCGCUGAGGGGGAGAAGUCAGGUGUCACCGAUAGUGUGGCCAAACCCCAGUUCCCUCACUUCCAGGAAGAAAACAAGAUCGCAGUCAGCUAGGCUCAAGUGAGGGAGGAAGGAGGAGCAGCGGAGGAAUCUAGUCUCUGCUUUUUAAGAUUUUCCUCAAGUCCACCUCCUCCCGUUUACUUUCUUACGAUAUGCAAAUGAUGUUUACGGUUGUCACU